AUGAGUGACGAAAGACUACCUAGACAAUGCUUUAAUAGGCUUAGAGCUCUAGACUCAUCCAUUGGAAAACCUGAUCCAACUUAUAACUGGGUUACCCAAGUAAAGAUGAUUGUGGCGGAACUGGGAUGUCAGGGGAUGUUUUCUUGUGUUUUCUCUCAAGGUCUGAUGAGGUUUAAAGAUGAAAUCAUGGAAAAAAUAAGAAACCAUCACGCAUCCAAGGACAUCGACAGACUGUUAAACUCUAAAUCAAACUCAAGAUAUAGAAAAAUCUGCUCCUUUAAUGUUACCAGACCAGAGGAUUAUCUUCAGAUCAGGGCUCUGAAUUUAAACAAAUUAAGAGCCGUUAGUCGUCUCAGAGUAGCAAGUAAAGAUUUUAUGAAAAUAUACUUAAAAUAUGCUACUUUGACUAUUAAAUCCAGUGAGAAAGAGAGCGACACCGAACACCUGGAAGGUAGGCACCUCACUGAGGCCAACUUGGUCGAGAGGUUCCUGCGCGGCGGCGUCUGCGCGUCAGGCCACCUCGUCUCCAGCUAUAUUAUAGUUAUAGCUUUAAUAUAG